AUGCUGUCCUCAUGCCCAUUGGAUGUGGCAGGAGGCGCUGCUGUAGACGACAAGCAGCUUGGGCUUCUGGGAGUGAGGCCAGUGAAUGGAAGCCAGCAGUGCAACCGUUGCAGCAUGCCACGUGGAUACUUGCCUUCCUCCCCGCGUGCCACCUGCAGUCCCCCCUCACCACCCCCUGCCACAUGCCUUGCCCGUCCCAAUCGGGCCACCGUUGCUGCCAGUGGUGCUCUUGGUACCGCCACUGCUACCGUUGCUGUUGCCAGUGUUGCGUCUGUCGACAUUGCAACUGCCAGCAUUGCAAGCGCCAUGGGAGCUGCUUCUGGAGCUGGUGCCGGGCCUUGGGUGCACGCCAGUGCCCGAGAUGCUGCUUGUGCUGCUGCUGGCAGGCAUGCCGUGACAGGAGCAAGUGUCGUGGAGAAUGGUGGGGAUGCUGAUACGUACGCCAAUGCAGUCGAUGAUGAUGCUCCUCCUGACGCUGCUCUUCAUACGGCUCCAGAUGUGCAUGCAUCAGUGCAUGCUGCGAGUCUCAAGACACACUCUCCGUCUGACCCUCUGGUGAGUGUGAUAGCAGAUGAGGCGGGGGCAGGUGUAAUGGAAGAGAGGGACGAGAGGGGAGAAAAAGAAGUGGCAGGGGCAGCUGCAAUGGGAAAGGGGAAAGAGGGGGGAGAAGAGGAAGUGGGAGGGGAAAGGGAAGACGGAGGAGAAGAGGAAGUGGGAGGGGAAAGGGAAGACGGAGGAGAAGAGGAAGUGGGAGGGGAAAGGGAAGACGGAGGAGAAGCGGAAGUGGGAGGGGAAGGGGAAGAGGGGGGGAAACGGGGCAGGCAGGAGAAACAGGGGGCGCAGGAAGGGGGAUCUGAUGCGGGCGAGGGGGAUGGGGGAAGGGGAGAGGAGAGACGCGGAGGUAAUGAUAAUGGGGGGAGCGGCGAGGAGGGCGAGGGGGGCAGUGAGUGGGGCGGAGGAGGUGGAGGGGGGGGAAACGAGGAUGGGGAGAAGGGAGGAGAUAACUGGGGAGAUGGUGAUAGGGGAGAUGAGGGAGAGGAUGAUGAGGGAGAGGAUGAUGAGGGAGAGGAGAAAGACGAAGAAGGGGAGGAGGAAGCAGAAGGGGAAGAGGAAGGGGAAGAGGAAGAGGAAGAAGCAGGAAGAGAGGAGGAGGGUGGGUCCGAUCGUGCAGCAGUGGUGGGGCCUGGGGCAGAGAGGAGCGGGACAGCAGCAGCAGGGGAGUGCAGUGGGGGAGGGGAGGCCAACGUGAGGCGGCUGGAAGCUGCCUCUAUCAGCCAUGCGGGUGGUGUGAGCUCAACCCUCACUUCCAACACACAGCCUGUGCCUGUGUCAUCACGGGGACCGUCCGCACCAGCAGCAGUGUCUCCAGCAGUGCACGGUGCAGGUGCAGCAGGAGUGGAUGGGGGAGAGGAUGUGCCGUCAGCAGGCGCGGAUGGGGAGGCGUUGGUGGGAGAGGGGCGCGAGGGGGAGAGAAUGCAAGGGGAACCCGAGCAGAGGAAUGAGGGGAAGGAGGAGGGAAACGGAAAAGAGGAGGUAAAUGAAGAGGAAGGGGAAAACGGCGAGUGGGGAGAAGAGGAUGAGGAGGGUUUGCCAGGGACGACAAGUGGGCAUGAGUUUUGGGCUAGAAGCAUGCCUGUUAGCACUGGUGGUGGAGGUGGUGGUGGUGGUGGGGAUGGUGAUGGUGAUGGGGAUGGUGAUGGUGAUGGUGAUGGGGAUGGUGUUGGGGAUGGGGAUGGGGAUGGGGAUUGUGGUGGUGGUGAUGAUGGUGACGGGGAUUUGGAUGGGAAUGGGGAUGGUGACAGGGAUAAUGGAGUGGAAUCAUUAGGCAGAGGUGAGUUGCGGCAGGGUGUUGGGGGGAGGGCAUUGGAGCACAGCGAAACUUCUCCCACUGACACAGCUGUGGGCAGUGAUUCAAGGGAGAUGGGCGUGGGUGUGCUGGUACCCCAGGCGCAACAAGGUGCUCGUGGUGCUGCCGGUGGGGUCACUAAGGCUCACAGACGCACUGCUGCUGCUGGCGCCACUGAUUCUGACACGCAUGAAGGGGAACCGGGGCGCCGGCCUUGCUGCCAGGCGUGGUGGUGA